AUGCCGCCUUAUCCUCUCGUCCCGCCAGUCUCCCGGCGACUUCGCACGUCGCCUCGCCCCACGUCGCCCCGAGCCGCCUCACGUCGUUCCGUUUGCACGUCUUCCCGCCCCACGUCUCACCGCCAACGUCACCCCGCCUCCGGUCACCCGGUCGGCAGUCGCUCGGCGGACAUGUGGGCGGCUCUCGGCGGGGUCGGGCGUCUCCAUGUGGGGCUCCUUCUGGGCGGCGCUCGAGGCCUGCACAGCUCGCCGGUCUCCUGCGGCAAGAACCUACUCAAGAAAUUUGCUUCGAAAACCAAGAAGAAGUUUUGGUAUGAAGGUCCUUCCUUGGGCUCUCACUUGACUCACAAGCCGUCUCAGUGGGCAUCCCUGACAAAGAGCACCUCCAAGAGAGCCAGGAGGGAAGACCACGUGCGCCUCAGGGCCCUGAACGGCCUCCUCUACAAAGCGCUGACUGAGUUGCUGUGCACCCCAGAAGUGAGCCAGGAGCUCUACGACUUGAAUGUGGAGCUCUCCAAGGUCUCUCUGACUUCAGACUUCUCCACCUGCCGCGUGUUCUGGAGGACGACUGUCUCAGAGGCUCAGGACGCAAACGUGGCGGCCGUCCUGCAGAGGAGCGCUGCGCACAUGAGGCACCUUUUGAUGUCCCAGCAGACCCUGAGGAACGUGCCGCCAAUAGUGUUUGUUCAGGACAAAAAAAAUGCAGCUGUAGUGGAGGUUGAUCGCUUACUGGCAAUUGCUGAUUUUGGACCCCCGGAUGAAAAAGAUGUUGUGCAAAAUGAUUUCAGUGACCCCGAGGCCCUGGACACUGCAUUGCCGUGUGAUACCCUGGGCCCCGCUGCACCUCCGAGUCUGUGUGGGAUCGACCACGAGGCUCUCAACAAGCAGAUCCUGGAGUACAAGAGGAGGAGAGAGAAAGGGCGCGGGAGCGUGGGCCCAGCGUGGCUGCUGAUGAGGAGGAGGAAGGCCAAGCCCCGCAUGGACGAUGACCUCUCUCCCAAGGACUGCCUGUGGGAGACGGGGAGUGACGAGCCCCUGGACGACGGGGCCCUUCCCGAGGAGCACACCCCGGGCCCCCCACUUGUCACCCGCCUGCAGGCUUGCUUCUCUCAAGGACCCCUCAGCACAAGAGGCCGCUCAAGCACAGCCCCGUGGGCAGAGUCCACACUUGCACACAGCCUCCCCUCCCGGUGCCUCACUGCUCCUGCUCCUGCGGCCGCAUCAGGGCUCAUGCUCUUCCUGCUACUCCCGCCUCUCCUGGUGAAGAGCCCACAUGCCCGUAACCCAGUCCCCAAGGCCCUGAAAUGUGAGCGUCAGCCUCUCGGGGAGAGCCACAGUCCUCGAGGCCUGCUAGGCAAGACUGAAGCACGUGUCCAUCUGCCAGCAGUGGACUGCUGUCCAGGUUUGCCCCAAGGUUGAGGGCAGACGUUCUCGCUGCUCAGAGGAAGGAGAAGACGAACAGCAAGCGCAGGAGCGGCUUUGAGGCUCUCUGUCACCCUGUGCCUGAGAAAAGCAGAGAAGAAACAGACGCGGAGCCAAAAACUCAGGCAGGCAUUGGUCAUUUGGAUCCCUGGGAGAAACCAGGGUUUGAGGGUGAGCGGGAGGAGGAGACAAGACCCAGGUUCCCUGCCCACGAGGACGCGGCCCCGUCCAGGCCCGACGGAGGUGGGGGCGGCAGUGUGCUGCAGGGAAGGGCUUUGCAGCCACUGGCUCUUAAACCUGUCGCCCUGGGUUCAGUACUUGCAUCUGACACUUGGUGGCUGAGUGGCCUCUGCUCCGUCUUCUCCGUGGUCGGGGUACUGGUGGCAUGUAGCUCAGAGGUCACUGGGAGGACGGCCUGGGUGGCACGUGUGGCAGCACCUAGCAGAGCCUGGCACGUGGUAUGUGCUCCACGAGUCCCAGUUCGCGAUGCCGCCUUCCUAGGGCUCUGGUUUCAGUGACAAAGGGAUUGGGGGGGCAGUUGGUUCCGUCACGUCCUUUGGUGGAGAUGCACACAGUCUACCUCGUGGGGACGUGCAGAGCAGGACCGUAGGUGCCCCUGGCUGGAGCUGGCUGGGCCUCUGCAGGGUGGGCCCACAGACGUGACUGAAUUGUACACGUGGCCAGGUUUCAAGUCCUUGGGACAUGAAGAUGAAAGGAGGAGAUCAAAGUCUGCCUGUUAGAAGUGAAAUUUGUUGAUCAGAACCCAGAGCACCAAGGAUACACCUGAAGAGCCUUAUUUAUGCAAACAUCUCUGCAACCCCAAAAUAAAUCCUGUUGGGAAAGCAGAAGCACACACAGCCUUCUCUCUCAGGUUUUGUCUUUGGAACAUGAGUACCCCUGUGUGGCUCUUCUGCAUUAAUUUGAAUACCGUCCAGCACUAGACUUGAAUAAAACCCGAACAGGAAGCUGAAUGUUGACAAGUUGUUUUCAUUCUGGAAAGUGAAGCUUAGUGUGAUUCUUAGGUGUGGACUCCUUAUAACCUCCUAUGCUGAGAUUCCUAAGCUGCGGCCACAAGUCCACCCGGUUAAGCCCUCAGCUGGUCAUGGGGUCUCAGGAGCCCCUCGGAGGAGAUGGGACCCAGACAUCCAGGAUAGACAGUAUGGAGGAGAUGAAAAGAUGCAACAAAGCAUCACACAGUCCAAGGCCAGUGGUCAGCAAAGACCCAUCAGGUCCCGUUAAGGACUUCUCUGUUUCGUUUCCAAGCCUCCCUCCCCAGCUUGGCUCGUUUGCAGGCCUCAGGCCCCACGUGCUCGGAUACAUUGCCUUGUCUUUCUGGAUGCCUCCUGGGCGUUCCUGAUGCUCCUGUCUCGCCAGGCCGAGACCAGAACUCACACUCAUGCCCUCAGAGGGUGAAGAGAUGGUCUCAGUUCUGCAUGAAAAUUCAUGGCGCUGCAGUAGCAUUCAUGUUGAAGAAACGACACGUCUUCUACUGCUUGCAUUGGGAGGAACCCCUGCUUUGCAGCGGUAACAGCACCAAACUGGCCAAGUCUAGCAGGAUGGCAGCAGAAUUCCAGCUUUGCUAGAUCUCGGGGCACCUUCCCUUUUUUAACCCCCCCUCCAACACACAUACUCUCAGUGCAGUGUCUUAGUGCAAGAGUCUUGGUAGCCUUCCCUGCCACCGGGCCUUGGUUUCUGAAACUGAAUCUUGGUGCGGUGAGGGUUGGAGGCGGGGUGGAGGGAAUCAUGCUGCUUUCCCUUCUAGAACAGGAACUGUGCAGAUUGGCCCAUCUUCCAGAUUUCGGCCAUGCAAGGUGUCAGGAGUGAUUCUCUGUCUCCCAGGUGCAGAGGGCAGAUGGGAGGUACUGUCACAUUCCCCUGGGGAUGGGUGCUCCGGGUGCCCACGGACUCACCGCUAGAAACAUCCAAGCAGCAGCUUCUUUCCCUGAGAAAACUUAAGCUCUGUCUAACCAGGCACUUCGCUGGACAUGCUGUGUGGGAAGCAGUUCUGACUCAGCCUUUCACCGUCUCCCUUUACCCUCCGUGAAGUGCACACAGGUAAUCAGACCAGUGUUAAGAGAACUCCCUUCCCUUCACAGCUCUGAGGAAUCUUUGGUGGAAGAUGGAUGUGGGACGUCUCAUUGUGCCACGUAAUCCAAGAUGACAUGCAGUCACUAUACAGCUACUGCUGAGAUCAGAAUCCAAGUGUUCCUGGUAAAUGCGGAAGCAAUCUAAUUUACGUCUAUUUUUUUAAAAUAGGUUUUCAGUAACAAGGAAAAAAAAUGUAGCCUACAAUAUAUUUCGUUUAGCUCAGGAUAACGGUUCCCAGUUUUAUAGAAUGCAGGUCCCUGCAACACUGUUUUCUGUACGUAUUUUCAAAUUCACUUAUGCAUAGCACCUCUCAACAUGGAGCAUGACAUAACUAGGUACAGCUUUUUAAAGUAAGCGUUCUGGGAAGACUGAGUAUAGAAGGAACUCUCAAAUGUCCAAUAAAGCCUCUUCACUCAGCCCCAAACAUAAAAUUCCCCUCUGUGCCUCCACUGCAUGCAGAUGGCUCACGCGCUGGCUGUGGAGAAGUGCUUGACGCAGGUUCUGCAAAAAUUAGUGAAAUGCAAUGGGGAGAGAUGCCCCUGCAGCUGGCAAACAUUCGGUGUGGGGUGCGGGCUGGUGGGUGGGUGCUGAGCCGCGUCAGAAGAGCAGCCAGCUGUGUUCAUACCGUGACCAGCAUGAUGGUGGCAUCCGUGUUGCGUAGGCUGGUCCUUCCAUCUGGAUAAGUAGAAUUCCUGAUGUCAGUCCCUGCUCAGGCCCAUGACUUGCAACUUGGCUUGUGGGCUGGAUGGCUGCAUCACACAUUAUUGGGAUCAAGAAGCCCCAUCUGGCUCCCAUGCUCAACUACUGGAUCUUCAAAGCAGGUUUCAUCAGAGAUAUAUUAAUCUUGGUCACAAAGCCAAGAAUGAUUGUGUGUGAGUGUAUUUUAGUGACCAGAAGAGGAAAAGUGGAGAAAGAACCAUUGAGAAAUGAGAAAAGAUUCAUUGCAAAAUCUUGCCUGAAUUCUAUCUGUGUAACUCUUAGAGACUGGCAGUGUAGUACAUAUAACAGAGCACUGUACCCUAACUUUCCCCCCCAAAAUGAAGAGGCAGGAACGCUUCCCACCUUAUUCUAGAAGACCAGUAUAACCCCAAUACCAAAGCCACACAAAGACACUACAAAGUAAGAAAGGUAAAGACCAAUAUCCUUUAUGAACAUUGAUGUAAAAAUCCUCAACAAAAUACUAGCAAACAGGUUUCAGCAGCAUGUUGAAAGGAUUAGGGCUUCCCUGGUGGCACAGUGGUUAAGAAUCUGCCUGCCAAUGCAGGGGACACAGGUUUGAGCCCUGGUCUGGGAAGAUACCACAUGCCGCGGAGCAACUAAGCCCAUGUGCCACAACUACUGAGCCUCCCUUCUAGAGCCCACUGUCCACAACUACUGAGCCCGUGUGCCACAACUGUUGAAGCCCGUGUGCCUAGAGCCCAUGAUCCGCAACAAGAGAAGACGUUGCAAUGAGAAGCCUGUGCACUGCAACCAAGAGUAGCCACCACUCGCCUCAACUAGAGAAAGCCCACAUGCAGCAAUGAAGACCCAAUGCAGCCAAAAGUAAAUAAAUUUAAAAAUUUUUUUAAAAACUAGCCUUAAAAAAAAAAGGAUUAUACACCAUGACCAAGUGGGGUAUAUUCCUGGAAUGCAAAGUUCAACAGAGGAAAGUGAAUGUUACAUGCCACAUCAACAAAAUGAUAGGAAAAACCACAUGAUCAUCUCAAAUCAUGCAGAAAAAAACAAGACGAAAUUCAACACCCUUUCAUGAAAAAACACUCAACAAAAUAGGAAUAGGAGGAGACCUGAAUAUUUAUAAUAAAAUCUGUAUAUGAGAAACCCACAGCAAACAUAAUAAUGGUGAAAGACUGAAAGCUUUUCCUCUAAGGUCAGGAACAAGACAAAGAUGCUUGCCUGCUUUCACCAUUUCUAUUCAACAUAGUAUUGAAAGUUCUAGCCAGAGCAAUUAGGUAAGAAAAAGAAAAGGCCUCAAAUUAGAAAGGAAAAAGUAAACUGAUCUGUUUGCAGAUGAAUGGUCUUAUGUGUAGAAUAUCGUAAAGAUACCACAUACACACAAAAAGCUGUUAGAUCUAAUAAAUGAAUUCUACAAAGUAGCAGGAUUAGAAGUCAACACACAAAACACCGUUGCAUUUCUAUACAUGAGGAAUGAAUGAUGUGAAAACAUUACAGAGAAUUCCCUGGCAGUCUAGUGGUUAGGACUCAGCGCUUUCACUGUCAGGGCCUGGGUUCAAUCCCUGGUUUGGGAAUGAAGAUCCCAUAAGCUGUGUGGUGCAGCCAAAAAAAAAAAAAAAAAAAAAAAAAACUAAAAAAAAACCCCCACCAUAUUACAAUAAUAAUUA